AUGGCCGCCGACCGUCUCUCCGACCUCCCACACGAUCUGCUCCAGCACAUUCUAUCCUUCGCGCCUGCGCGGGAGGCCGCGGCCAGCGCCAUCCUCUCGCGCCAAUGGCGUCCUCUGUGGCGCCGCACGAGCGCAGUCAACCUGGACAUCAGGCCCUACCUGCCCGCCAACUCCAAGGGUGAACACCACCGCCUCAGGUCUUCGCCGCUGGAUGCCUUCUUCCACGACGCCCUUGCGGCGCUCGCCGCCAUUCCGCGACGCACACCCCUCAAGAGGCUCACGCUCUACCUAGUGAUAGACGGCACCGACAGCGGGGUGGACUACGCGGAACCGCGAGACAGUGGCAGGGUCGCAGACAUCCUCGCCGCCGACAGCUCCACGGCAAAACUGGAGGAGCUCAUCAUCAGUUGCCGGUACGACAGUCCCAAGUACGGCCUGCCGCUGGCAUCCAUGACGUGCGCCGCCACGCUCCGGGUGCUGGAGCUCGAACAAUGCAAUCUCCAACCACCAUCAGCGCCGAGCCUUGCUUUCCCGCGCCUGACAGAUCUUCGGCUCCGAAACUGCUUCUUCAUGGAAGGGUAUCUCCAGGCCAUGAUCGACGCCGCGCCGGUGCUGACCAGCCUAUUCCUAGUUAACGUCGCACAGAAGCCGCUGGAGCCCCUGGAUCCAGCCGAUGCUAUACUAUACUACGACAUGCCGACCUAUCGCAGGCUGCCCCUCUGCCUACGCUGCCUGACAUGCACCAUCCUAGAGUUAGAGACAUAUCCCCAAAAGCACGAGCUACAGGCUUACGGCCACAUUGGCAUCCAGCUCGACAUGCCCAGCCUCCGCUCCUUCCGCUACCACGGGCACCCCGUCAAGCUCUUGCUGAUAUCACCGGCGCCGGGUUUGGCACGUGUCGAUGUCGACGCCACUUACAAGGGAGACAGCCCGCAACCCAUGCCAUGUAUGCUCACAAGCUUCUCCACUACGAGGGCCUUGAAGCUGACCGUCAACGCCAUGGAGGACAUACUCGACGGCGAGAAGGAAAACGGUGGGGUCAUCCUGCCCACCUUCCCGAACCUCAAGCUCCUACACCUAGACGUAUUCCACGAGCACGAUAGCGGCAGCAUCAUUGCGUUGUCAAUGGCGAGGCUUCUCCGCUCAUGCCCAGCGAUGUCCGAGCUCCGACUCAUGAUGUGGUGGAACUACAACUAUCUGCUUGAGGGUGAGAACAAGGAUCCGGCCACAAAUCCAUUCGCCCAAUCCAUGGACCGAUUCGAGAUGCUCGUGUCCAAGGCUUCAUCUCGUAGCAGCAGCAAGGUCUCGGAGCUUCCUGCAGCCUUGUCGGACAAUUGUGCGUCGUUCACCUGUCUUCAGACAAGCCUGCGGAAGGUGACGCUGCUGUUCAAUACCAAGGAGGUCGACUGCUUCCAAGUCCAGCUAGCCAAGUUUCUCGUGGAGAACGCCAUGGUCCUUGAGGAGAUGCACAUUGACGACGGGAACCAGUUCUGGCCGGAGCACAUCCGCCACAAGCUCGCAAGAUGGAGAGCUGAAUCGUUCCGUGCCAGGAACCUGCCAGACACAACCGGGUUUCAGGUGCACCAGCUAAACCUGUGGUAG